AUGUGGUCCGCUGCUGCACAACUACCACCCGAAGAAGAAGUUAGACUUUUCAAUAUCAGACAAAAUGCUGUCAAACGAUUUAGAGCCAUAGCUAUAGUGAUGGUGGUUGCUUCUGUUCUGUCUAUUGGAAGCGGUAUUGUACUUUUGAUAGCAGCUGCAGGUGGAGGAUGGCCAUUGGUAUCUGGAAGUCCAAUUUUCUCAGGCCUGGUGGUGCUAGCAGGUGCUAUCUGUGGCCUAGUGUUGGGUUGUACGAAGUCCGAAUGGACUACUGAAGAGGAACGAUCUAAACAGAGAUGUCUGGUUGUUGCAUUCUAUGCACUUGCCGUCAGUUCGUUUUCUCUCUGUGGAAUAAGCAUAGGUUAUACAAUAGCAGGGUUGGUCGCAUGCAGUGGAGUGGACAUGCAAACCUGCGGACAUCAUCACAGGGCUGAAAACUACGCUAAUGCAAUCGGAAUAUUCUUUGGUGUGUUUCUACUUGUGACAUCCAUUAUUGUUUGCGUUAUGUUUUGUUACUACAAAAAAGCAUUCAAGUUUUUUUUUUCGGCCAGUGACCGCCUAGAACAAAUGCAAUAUCUUAUAAGUCAACAACAGCAGCACAUAACAUCUCUCAGCCAUUCUGUAGGUCAAAAUUCGCAGAUUGGACAGACCCCACCUACUGGAUACGGUACAUAUACACCACCUGCUGGCCAGACCCCUGUCGGAUAUGGAACAUAUUCACCUACUGCUCCUCCGCCACCGUAUACUGAAAAACAAACUUUCUAAUGAAGUAGUAUUAAACAGCAUUUUCGGGUUUUAAUUCAGAUAUUCUCUAAAGAAUUCAUCUAUUUGUAAGGGUUGUUUGUAUUUAACUAAUACAA